ACAGGUCCUUACAAACGUCCAGAGCGACUACGAAAAAGGAAAGAAUUUUCGGGCGAGGGGAUUAAAGAGGAGCGAAUAUUCGAAGCUAAUGAGUAAGCCAUGGGUGUGGUGCUGCAUAAGGACUCCAAAUGGUAUCAACAGUGGAAAGAUUUCAAGGACAACAAUGUGGUCUUCAAUAGGUUCUUUGAAAUGAAAAUGAAGUAUGAUGAAAGUGAUAACGCUUUCAUUCGCGCUUCCAGAGCUGUCACAGACAAAGUCACUGACUUAAUAGGUGGGUUGUUCUCGAAGACAGAAAUGUCUGAGGUUUUGACAGAGAUUCUUAAAGUGGAUCCAUCCUUUGACAAAGAUCGUUUCUUAAAGCAGUGCGAGAAUGAUAUAAUCCCCAAUGUCCUAGAGGCUAUGAUGUCUGGAGAACUUGAUAUCCUCAAAGACUGGUGCUAUGAAGCGACUUACAGUCAACUUGCUCAUCCAAUCCAGCAAGCCAAAAUCAUGGGUCUCCAGUUCCACUCCAGGAUUCUGGACAUCGACAACAUUGAUCUGGCUAUGGGGAAGAUGAUGGAGCAGGGACCAGUGUUAAUUAUCACUUUUCAGGCUCAAGUUGUGAUGGUAAUUAAGAACCAGCAAGGGGAAGUGGUGGAAGGUGAUCCGGACAAGGUGCUGCGGAUGCUGUACGUGUGGGCGCUCUGCAGGGACCAGGACGAGCUCAACCCUUACGCUGCUUGGAGGUUGUUGGACGUUUCCUCAUCGAGCACCGAGCAGGUCCUUUGAGAAGAAUUCCAUCCCGGAGCUUCCAGCCCCUCUCUCGGAGCGAUGC